UGAUUUUUCUGGUUGGCGAUCACGUUUCACAAGUAUGGGAAAAAGAUGCAUUUUUUGUGGUCUUUUUGUACUUUGCUCAUGUAGGAUACACAAAAUAGGCUAGCUUAUCAGACGUGGUUUGUCCUGCUGGAUGUUACAGUUCAGGUGUUGCGUGCACACUUGUUUCCUCUUGAAAACUUUCCUAUUUUGUAUGCUGAAGUUUUGUUUAUGUACUUCUUCAUUUCUUAUAACUAGCAUAGAUAGCUCAGACUGGGAUUUGGAGACCUGGUUACAACCUGCUUUUGGUGUAUAAUUGAGAUUGUUUCUGUUUCUCUGGGAAUAACUUCUUCCUCUAGGAGGAUGGAGAAUGCUUUCAGUUGAGUGCUUUAGAUAACGUGUUCUGAGGGACUGAGAUGAGAGUUUUCUUACUGGAACUAAUAGCUUCAAAAAUUUGAUCUUAGAGUUCCUUCCAUCAGAAGGGUAAACCUUGGAAGAGCCUAAUAAUGUUUGUCCGUUCUUUCAAAUUGUAUCAGCUAGUCUAAUAAAAGAUGCUACCACUCCUUCAAAACAUUGCUGUUCUUUUUACCUCACAGAGAAUAGCUUGCUUGUAAUCAUUCAAAAUUCAUUUAGGUGGGAAAAGUAAAGUAAAUUAAUCUUUGACUUCACAAAAUCAAAAGUUAUCGUGGUAGAGGAAAGAACAAGAACCUGUUUCUUAAAGCUCUUUUCUCCUUUAGCCUGAGAUUGUUUCAACACUAGCUGUUUUGGAAACCUUGUUUCACCUCUAUCUGGGCAGCUCUGCCAAUGGGAGCUUCAGUCUAGGAAAUAGCUCCUUGGCUACCUUAGAUAACCUGAGCACAGCUGGCAGUAAAAACGCCUGUCACUAAUCUGCGUUGGGCCAGCAUAAAUAAAAAUUCCACCAGCAGAGUAGGAAAAUGUCUGGAUGCUACAGUGUGCAUAAACAUGGAUACUGCCUGUGAUUUACUGCGGAGAGAUCACUUGCACAGCUGGGCUAUUGGCUCAGUAUAAAUGCAGAAAUUGUAUCUGGGGUAUGAGAAGAUGGAACUGAGAAGGCUGACCUGCUCUCCUGUUUAUUUUGUUGGGUCCUGUCAUACAACUAGUAUACAACUAGAUGUAAAAAGAGACUGUCAUUUAGGAUUUCCAUACCUUUUGUGUGUGUGGUGUACAUAAUCACAUUAUAUAUAGUUUGUCAUUUGCAAGAUAAUGGCCUUUAGCAUGAGUAAAGAGAACUGUUAAAGAUACUUAAUUUCUGUUUCCCCAUGGUUCAAACAUGGACAAUCUAGAGUUCAUAGCAACAAGCAUUUUCUACAAAAAGUGUUCAUUGUUAACACAGCACGGUUGAAGAAAAGACAACAGUUAUACUCACAGAGUAGGAAACUAACAGGGAACCAAAAUAAGAACAAACAAAACUUUCCUGGCUUCAAAGAAAUAGGAGGAACGCUGUUUGUAUUCUUGUGUUUCUCGAGAUUCCAUGUUUUCAAUGAUUUUCUAGGUAAGCACAGACACUACAAUUUCUUCUGAGAUUCCGUUUUUCCUGUUACUGCCGAUCAGGAGGAUGGAAAUGGGCUUCACUCAUUACAUCCGCCCUCAAGUUAGUUUUGGCAAUAUGGGGGUUUCGUACAGUAAGAUUUUUAUCACUGGUUUGCUACUACCCUCGGUUGUGUACAUGCAGCUGUGUGUUGGGCUGUGUGUAUCCCAACAUAGCUCCGCAAAAUAUUUUGGAGAGCGGAAGAUAGGGAGGGCAGCAGGCUGGGUGGCAGGAAUUUUACGCCAGCGUUACCCGGAAAACUUCUUGCAUCGUUGAACCAUAGGCUCAUGAGUAUCAUAUAAAACCAGUCUUCCUCUGAUGCUGUACAACUGUCAUUGAAGGGUAGACCAGUUGCUCUAUUAAAGCUUCAUUGUAGAAAGUCUGAAGAGAUGUCUGACUUUUUUUGAGAGGGAUUAAUAGUUUUAAAUCAGUUAACAUUUCUUCAUUACUGACACUUUAAAAACUUAAUUUGAAAUACUUUAUUGACUUUGUUUAAUUGCCUGCAGCUUUUAUCUAUUUUUAGAUGGGAACACGUGUAUGUUUAAAUGUGAAAACAUUGAUGUUUCAUUCUGUACGAGUGAAUAAACUAAGAUGUUAUUUAAGUGGUAUCUAUUUAAAGAUGGCGUGGAAAGGAGUUUUAAAUUGUAUCAGCUUCUCUUUUUUCUUUGGAAUGUACUGGUGCCCAGAAGACUGUUUCUUUGAUAAGAAAACUCGUGUUUUUAGCUGGGAAAAUGUAUGAAGAUUCUUAUAUUUGCCUUAUGUUGUUUGCUGGAGCAUUUUUUGGAAUGAUAACACUUAAGAAUAUGCAACAUGCUCUCUUUACAACUUACCUGUAGGACUGAGGAGCUGGAUGUUUUUCCCCCUGCACUGGCAAUUAGUCAUUGCCGCUUCAUAAGUCUUAGAAGAAGCCAGUUUCAAGCUGGCUAAAUUGUUCUUCCCUUUGUAUUUGUUAGCCUCCAGUGCCACAUCAGUUAAAUUAACUAGUUCAUCAAUCACUGUGCAUGUUCUUAAGCUAGAACAGAUGCAUUUUUAUUUGUAAAUCAUGGAUGGAAAAUGGAGGCUUAAAAGAUUUUUUACAUAUUUAGGUAAAAGACUUUGUAUUUUGUGUGUUAUCUUUAAAAGAACUAAGAGGUUUAGAGAAAGCCAGUUCUGCAGAACUUUAUCAGGAAUUAUGGGUUGUUCAUCUGGUGAGAUGUUUUGCAUACCUUCCUUAUUGCACUUUUACACCUGUGUGUGUAUUUUAAACAUUGUAAUUGUUUCUAUGUUCCUUCAGUUUUAAAGUUCCUCUUCAUAAAAACAGUAACUAGUGUUUUAUGUGCCAAAACAUGUUACAAGCACGAAUGUGUAGUGUUGAAAUCAUGUCUUGGGACAGUGCUUCCCUCUGCCGAGGAAGGGCUUGUUGCAGUGCUCUUUCUUGUGUCGGGUGUGACGUGCUGGGCUGCCCUCUGACCCAGCUGCCUUCGGGCUGACAUCAGGGCUGCAGCAUCUGCCUGUGCCUCCUGAGUCAUCCUCGAGGAGUAGUACUCUGACGCCCUGUGAAAUCUUCUGCUCCUACCUCUGCAGCUGACGUUCCAGGAGUGUUUGCUGCUUGCAUCUGGAAAUUGCACAUUAUCUUCCUUUGUAGGUAGUUAAGGUGUACAACCUCUUCUGGGCUGCAGUUUGGGAUCCUGGCAUCACAGAUUACUGCAGUUUGGUUCAGCAGGCUUGUACUGUAUGUUUGGAGUGCUUCCUGCUUUGCCUGCCUUCGUGCUUGUUAGUAACAUCUCCUGGGGUUUCCUCCUCGUGGAAAGGGGCCUGUUUGGAUGUGAUGUUUUGGCACUGCCUAUUUUCAAACAGGAAGAUUCCAGCCUUCCACCAGAAAAUGAGCCCAAACAUCCACCCUUUCAGUAUGUUAUGUGUGCUGCAACAUCUCCAGCAGUAAAAUUGCAUGAUGAAACUCUUACGUACUUGAACCAAGGUCAGUCCUAUGAAAUACGGAUGCUAGAUAACCGGAAAGCUGGAGACAUACCAGAGAUCAAUGGAAAACUGGUGAAGAGUAUUAUAAGAGUUGUGUUCCAUGACAGAAGGUUGCAAUACACAGAGCACCAGCAACUAGAAGGUUGGAAGUGGAACCGCCCUGGGGACAGGCUUCUUGACUUAGAUAUUCCAAUGUCUGUUGGAGUCAUUGAUAUCAAGACAAAUCCAAGCCAGCUCAAUGCAGUUGAAUUUUUGUGGGAUCCAACAAAAUGUACAUCUGCUUUUAUUCAGGUACAUUGUAUCAGCACUGAAUUUACCCCCCGUAAACAUGGAGGAGAGAAAGGAGUUCCUUUUCGGAUUCAGGUUGACACUUUUAAGCAGACUGAAAAUGGAGAAUAUACAGAUCACCUGCAUUCAGCCAGUUGUCAAAUCAAAGUUUUUAAGCCAAAAGGAGCAGACAGGAAACAGAAAACGGACAGAGAAAAGAUGGAAAAGCGAACUGCACAUGAAAAAGAAAAGUAUCAGCCUUCAUAUGACACCACAAUUCUCACAGAGAUGAGGCUUGAGCCUAUAAUUGAAGAUGCAGUUGAACAUGAGCAGAAAAAGUCCAGCAAGCGGACUUUGCCAGCAGACUACGGUGAUUCUCUGGCAAAGCGAGGCAGUUGCUCACCAUGGCCUGAUACUCCUACAACUUUCGUAAACAACAGUCCUACUCCUGCUCCAACUUUUACCUCUGCUCAACAUAGUACCUACAGUGUCCCAGACAGCAAUUCUUCCUCCCCAAAUCAUCAAGGAGAUGGAACCUCUCAAGGGUCUGGAGAUCAACUUCACCCUUCAGCCACAAUCCAGGAAACUCAGCAAUGGUUGCUCAAACAUAGGUUCUCUACCUAUACAAGGCUUUUUUCAAAUUUCUCAGGUGCUGAUUUAUUAAAGCUGACAAGAGAAGAUCUGGUACAAAUCUGUGGUCCAGCCGAUGGAAUUCGGCUAUAUAAUGCACUGAAAUCCAGGUCUGUUAGACCCCGUUUAACAAUCUAUGUCUGUCAGGAGCCAUCAAGAAGCAUACAACUGGAAAGACAAGAUGCAGGCAGUGGUGAUAACAGCAAUGGUGCAAUAUAUGUAUAUCAUGCAAUCUACUUAGAAGAAAUGGCAGCCUCAGAAGUCACGCGCAAGCUUGCUUUGGCAUUUAAUAUUCCUCUGCAUCAGAUCAAUCAGGUUUACAGACAGGGUCCCACUGGUAUCCACAUUCUUGUUAGUGAUCAGAUGGUUCAAAACUUUCAAGAUGAGAGUUGUUUCUUAUUCACCACAAUAAAAGCUGAAAAUGAAGGUUUUCAUAUAAUUUUGAAGUGAUGUCACAUGUGCUAGACUGGUAUUUCAAUGCAGAAUGAAGUCCUGCCUAAAGAUUAUGAAGAUCAUCCAAAAACUUAGGAUCUAACUUCACCGUAUAAGAUGUUUCAUAUUGAAAACACAAAAUGACCUUUCUAAUGAGCUGUUUGAUAGGUGAACUUUCUUAUCACUGCCAUAGCUAAGUGUCCUCAUGAGAGGUAUAAUGCCAUGACAGCUUAUGUACAGGCAUGGAAGACAAUGUAAGCAAAGGUGCUUGCCCUUUACUGAAAUAAGGCAAAAUAUGGCCAGUAGAUACAGUUUCUAGAAGCGGAGCACUGUUGCUUUUCUAUUAUCUGUAUCCAGUUGGAGAUGAAUGUAAACUUAUUUUGGGGCAUUUACCUUUCUGUGCCAGUUUGUCUAUUACUUGCUUGUACCUUAUGCUGAUUUUAUUUUUUGAUGUUAGCAGAGCACAUAUUAAUUUGUGUGAAGAUGAGUAGUUAAGCUGAUAGUGAUCAGGUUGUCAGGUCUCUGAGAGUAAAGCUGUUAAAACAGCUUCCUGUGUAAAUUGUGUAUAAGAGUGUAUGUAAGAAGUGUAAAUGCCAGAAUAGGGCUUUUAAGAAGUCCUAGACAGAUGCAAUAUAUGCAUGCAGCAAACUGCAUUAUCAAUAGUACCUUAUUAGAAGGAUUAAUAUAAAUCCUAUGGGGUACCAAGUAAUUGUGUUUUGCUUUAACAAAUUUAUUGGAAAAGAAUUGCCUAUGCAUCCUUUAUUUUUAGUUUCCUAGAUUCUCUGCGGAGCACUGCUGCAAUUUAACUCUUUGCUUGUAAAAUUGUGGGUUUAAAAAUACUAGCAGUGAGACGUGGGUUUUUAUGACUUAAUGGAAUUAUGCUAAUGAGGGAAGUUGACCAACUGGCACCAAGGGGCCAUCAUAGUUUUCAGCAACAUCAAGUAAAUUGCUUAAGAAACACUAAAUAUACACCAUUUAAGGCUCCUUACCAGCAGGUAAAUGCCUUGCUGUAGUCACUAUUAUGGACAAGUACCUUACCUUUUCUGUUGACUUUUCUUUGCCCUCAGAUCGAUACUGUAAACCUGUUACAGUGCCUCUUCCAUAUGACCAAAUACUUACUUUUCUUUGAAACAGGCAAUGUGCUUUUUCAGUAUUUUGGAUAUUUCUUGUAAGAACAUGGCACAGCAUUUCCUAUGUUAACAAAGUUUCAACUCUUUAGGUACUUAAAGGGGAAUAUUUGAAAAGGUAUUAAAUGACAGUUUGCUAUCUGCCAUUUUGUGCCUUUGAAAGUUUCCACCUUGAUCUCUUGCUUAAAAGCUUGGGAACAGUUUGCUUUUUAUGCUGAAGUAUGCAUUCUAAACAAUUACUACAGCAUGUAAAAAAGCAACUUUGAUUUUUCAUUCCCUCCUACAUAACUGGCUCAAGUGCUUAGCAGAAAAGCUUCUUAAAGCUGUAGCAUUUUGAAAAUUUAAAUUCAUGAAAGCUAGUUUCUUUCCUAUUUCACUUUUUCUGCACUGAAAGUAAAGUUUUAUGUACUUAAACAUUUCUGCUUAUAAAUUGUUCAUCUUUGGGUAUUGUUUAGUCCUAGUAUUUUACUGAACUGACAAUUGUGUCUUUUCAGCUCAGCACCAUAUUCAAAUCCAAAUCUUUUAUAAAAGUGGAAAAAUCCUUGAUUGGAAAGUAUCCAAAUAUCUAAUUUUAAAGAAUAUUGAAAGUUGUACAAUAGUUUGUCCAGCUCACUUGAAAUUGGAAUUAAAUUAUGGCACCAGCAACUUGCUUUUGUUUUUUUAAUAAGAUGUACACAUUUCAAUAUAAGUAUAAUAAAUGUUUUUCAAUAAUUUUGUAAA